UUGUGAAACUUUUCCCAGCGGAAACGGGGUCUUUGUGGCACGGUUGGAGUUGAUGCUUCAGUAGUCGGCAGGAUUAGGUCCGAGUUUGCAACACGCAAAUGGAAUGUGAGUGGUUCCCGUGUGCAGCGGCAAGAAAAGUUUCACAAGUGCUGAAAGUGCAAAAGUUAAUUAAAUAUGAAUGGCUCAAUGACAAAUCGAAAUGCUUCCACGUUGAUUUAUGAGAAGCUAAAGUACAACGCAAGUUUCGAGUUCUGCGAAGAAAACGUGGAGAAUUUGAAUGAGUUUGAGUUGAAGUUGUGCUUGGAUAGGCAUGAAGAUGUGCAUCGGCAAGGGUUUCGAUCGUUCAACGGGAACAGAAGUUUCGCCACAUUGGAUUAUCCAAUGGAUUCAUCAACUGCCAUGGAGUGGGGGUACAUGAUUGGAAAUUUUCUCACAUUCUACUAUACUCCAGCACUGGUCAUCAUUGGGACUGUGGGGAACAUCCUUUCAGUGCUGGUGUUUUUCAACACCAAGUUGAAGAAAUUAUCCUCAUCUUAUUACCUGGCCGCACUCGGAAUCAGUGAUACGUGCUUCCUGUUGGGAUUGUUCGUGACGUGGUUGAGCUUUUUCCAGAUUCACAUCUACACGCGAGAAGUUUACUGCCAGUUGUUUACCUUCUCCAGUGGUUUGAGCAGCUUCCUAUCAGUGUGGUAUGUGGUGGCGUUCACAUUCGAGCGAUUUAUCGUCGUCUUAUACCCCCUGAAGCGCCAGAGCUGGUGCACGGUACGGCGAGCAAAGCUGGUCAUAGUCAGCCUAACGUUGCUUGGAGGAUUGCAUAGUGCCCCCUACGUCUUCUUUGCGGGGCCGCAGUACUCCGACCGGUCCAACGGUACCAUCUGUGAUGUACGAGAAGAAUAUAAGUCCCAGAUGAUCAUAUUCAAUUAUAUCGACACAGUUAUCGUGUUUGUAGUGCCGUUCACCAUCAUCCUAGUGCUGAACUCCAUCACGGGGUUCACCGUGUGGCGAGUGGCCGGCCUACGCAGAAGCAUGACCCUGAUACGGCGCAAACCCUCGAGUUUUGAAAUUCGUAGACAGCUUAGCAUGCAGAGGACCUGCCCCCAUCCUAAUGGACGGAACAAUGUUCUUAAGCAAAGACCCGGUAUUGGUCGUAUGGUCAACUCCCAAAUGAAGGUUACUAAAAUGCUGUUGAUUGUGUCGUCGGUGUUUGUCUGCCUCAACCUGCCAAGCUAUCUAAUGCGCGUCCGAGCAUUUAUCGAGACCGAACCGUCUAGUUUGACUAUACUCAUUCAGUACUACUGCUACCUGUUCUUCAUAACCAAUUUUGGGAUCAACUUCAUACUGUACUGUAUAAGUGGGCAAAACUUCAGGAAAGCUGUGAUAGAGAUGUUUCAUAGAAAUAGAAGAAAUAACGCCAACCAGGACCAUUUUAGCGGAGGAACACAAACAGAAAUACUUCGCAGCUCAGGAUCCCUGCUGCCCCUCAAACGCUCCAACACCGCCACCCAUCGGUCGUUCAUUGGAACCUGCCGAGAGUUUUCCGAUAGUCCCUCUUCAAUUGGCCUCCCUUGACGACGGGAAAGGAAAAUGCCACCGGCCAGUCAGUUGCUUUUGCCGCGACGCCGUCGCCACUGUUAUAGCUCGCCUCAUUCCGAUGAACACGUAGUUGAGCAGGAUUCCGUGUAAAACAGACACCCGACAAGUGAUGUCGACAAUUGGGUAAACUUCUUUUCUAGCAAACGUAUGUUGUAUGGCAGCUAUCCACUGGACCUGCAGUCUCAGAUGGUGCCAGAGGAUUAGGGUUCAUGUUUCUCCACAAGUCCAGGCGAAAGAAGCUGCUGUACGUACCCUUUGUACCAAAUAAAACUUUUUUAUGGGCUUUAUUUUGCUGAGAGAUUACUCUGAAUGCCAUUUGGCAAAGAAUGGCGGAAUGAUUUUGGGUCUAGCUGUUGGGCAUGAAUUGUGCAACGGACAGAUUUUUUUCACUUGCCUGGGUAAUCGGCCAUUACUGACUGGUACAAAAAUGUGUUUACGCUAAUUUUCAUGCCAGUAAAAGCCGUUUAUUCUAAUUAUGUUUACGAGCACCGUUGUGCUGU